AUGUUCUGUCUCCGAAGCUGGCUUCCACUGCUCUUCAUUCCGACCAACGCCUCGCCACUUUUCAUCAUCUCCUUCGUGGCUCUUACCUACAUCAUCCACCGACCAUGCAUCUACUGCUCCGCUCUCCUACUCAUCCUAUUCGCUUCAUCAUGCCACUGGUCUGAUCGCUGUCUAUUCGAUCUCCGGAGUAACUGGUUUGCGCCACGAUACAGCUCCAGCGCGUUAUCGGAUUACAACUCUACCUCAAACGCCACUAUGCCUGUUCCACUACCUGGUGAUAACCUUGCGAGCUUUGUCUUUGAUACUGUCAACUCUACUGCGAAGGCACUGGCUGGUGCUGCGGUUGAUAGUGCGCAGCAACGACUAGGAAUUGAGUCUCGACCUGAUGAAUGGACGGGUGUGGGAUUGGAAUGGUUGCGCAGUUUGUUAGGGAAGCGGGAGUGGACUCUCCCUUGUGUGGAUGUUAAGGUCCGACUUUGA